AUGAAACGAUUCCUCGUUCUAGUCGUCAUCUACAUUACCGGCUCUAAUGCUUUUACAUUACCGGCUGGACUUCGACCGGCUAAAGCUCUGGGACAGAACAAUGAACCAAUUAUUCCCGGAAAAACUUCAACAGAAAUGCCAUUAAAAGAACCAGCAAAUUUAUCAAUAAGAUCUCGAAUGUUAGCAGCAUUAAGUGCUUCAUCUAAAGAGACUGAUAGUGAUGUAAAACCGGCAGCAGAAUCUGCUAAAAAUGAAGAACUUGAACAACCUGAACAACCUGAACAACCUCCUUUGCCACCACCACCAGCGGCUGUUUCCGAAUCAUCAACAUCGGCACCGCUGAUACUGACGAAAGGUGGAAAUAAAAAAAUUGCUUCACAACCAAACAAAUCAGCUAAAAUUGUAAUUGCUGCUGGUGCUCCUGCAAAUACUCUCACUGGAACUGAUGGAAAAAGGUCAGGUGCUGCCAAUUUUGGCCUGAAUACAGUGUUACAUACAAAUCUUGUCGAUUCCAAAGGACGGAUCAUGAAAGGCGUUAAUUCAGUUCCAAUCAAAGUUAAUACUGCAACAGAUUUGAAAGGAUCACAAACCAGGCAUUCAGCAAGUCCGGUUGAAAGUGAAGCAGAGAAAGUUGUUCCGAUUAAAUUUGGAUCCAGUUAA